AUGCUAUUUUGUAAUAAUUUAUCUCAACCAUCUCCUGAGCCAAAGGUCCACAAUGUUGGAAUUCAAGUGUCCCUACCAGAUCUAGAUCUUUUAUCAGAACUGUUACAGACAAAAAAUAAAUUGGCUAAUUCUUUAUCCAAACAACUGGAACAUAAACAACUAGCCAUUGAUGAUUCUUUCACAUUUUCACAUUAUUAUGAAACUAGAGUGAAAAAUAAUCUUCUUUCAAUUCCUGAACAUUCUUUAUGGUUUCGGCAAAAAAUUCUUAGUACAGAGGAAAAAGAUACUGCACAUGAUGGGUUUGAUUUUUCAGAUGUUCCAAGUUAUGCAGAUGCAAAACUUAUUCAAGAACAAGAAAGUUUAAGCAAAUUAGAAACAGUCUAUCAAUGUUAUCUUAUGAAGAAGCUGGAUAUUUUUGUUUCCAAAUACCCAAGCAUGCAACUGAAACAUGUAGAUACUCACCAGAAACCUAUUCUUAAGGGACAAAAACCAGAUAUUACCUUCUAUUUGCAAGAUCGAGCCAUCUCAGAUAUCAAUAUUGUUUCUGUUUUAGAGAUCAAAGUCACUGAAAAAGAGGAUGAAUGGGAGGCAACAGGGAUUUUGACAACUUGUCAUCAUAUUCAAUUCAUUAAAGCUGUAUUUACUGAAAAUAAUGAUACCUAUUUCUAUAUAACUGUUGGAUCCCAUUAUCUUGCACACCUUUGUUUAUCAACAUCAGAACUUCUUGGAUUUUCACUUCCAACAAUUAAAUACCAAGAAAAAAUAUUUGAGGCAACAGAGAUACUUGGAACUGGUGCAACAAGUACUGCUUACUUACUUGGAAAUGAUUAUGUCAUAAAAGUUUAUAAGCCUAUUUAUGCUGAUAUUUUCAAUUUUGAAAGGGAUGUAUUGAAAAGUUUGGAAGCAGGUGGUGUGAUUAAUAUUCCUUGUUAUGUUAGAUGUGGAAAAACAUCAAAGACAAGUGCCAACUUUAUCUUAAUGAGUGGAGUUGGGUCAUCUCUUAAUGACACAGAUAUUGAUAUACGACAGAUAUUUAUACAAUUACUUGAUGUUAUUAAACAAUCACAUGAUCUUGAGAUUGUUCAUCAAGAUAUUCAUAUACACAAUAUUCUAAUAAAAGACAAAAAUGUAUUACUUAUUGAUUGGGGAUUUGUAGCAAAGUUAGGAAAAGAAACAGCAUAUCAUGGAACUAUCACAACAGUUUCAAAUCACAAUUUAGAAAAGUUAGAAAGUGGAAAUAUAAUGUUCCAAUCAAAGAAAAGUGAUGACCUACAUUCUGUUGUCAGAUGUUAUUACCUUAUUCAAAAUCAACAAAUACAGAAGGAAUUACAUGACCUUGAUAUUUCAAAGUUUGAAUCAAUUAAGAAGUUCUGGAAUACAGAAUUGAGUGCACCAUACUGGAUUGAAUGUAAUAAUGCAGCAGAAAAACCAAAACGAGAAAUAUUAUCGGAAAAAAAUAAUAUUAAUUAUGAUACUACUCAAUAUUCUUACGCAAAUGAAAAAGUAAUUGAAGACAUAAAAUUACCACCAACUUAUCAUCGUAAGCGAGAAAAUAAAGCUGACAUUGAAGAAAAUAUUUCAAGUAAAAAGACAAAAUGUGAGACGAAUGAUCCUAAUGCAGAAAAUCUACAACUAAGAAACAAUAGUGAAAAUUUUUCCUUCGAGUUUUUUCCCCCUUCUGAUAAUAUUAAUAAAGAGCUUGAAGACAACGACGAAGAAAUUAAAUUUGAUCUAAAAAACAUUUCAAUAGAGUUGAAGCGUGAACCAAAAGCUAAGUGGGAAGUUGGUUGUACUUGUAUAACAGAUAGAUUUCGCCAGUAUCAAAAAGAUAUUCUCAAGAAAGCACAGAGAGAAGGUUUAAAAUAUGAUAAUAUUUACGAACUUCUACACUUGGUUGGCGGAGACGUUUUUAUGGAUAGUGUAAAAUCUCAAUUGAACAGAAUAGUCGCAUCCAUGUUCAAUAAUCUAUAUUAUAGUAUUCCGGAAGUUGCCCCAUCAAAGCUAUCCGAGGAGGAACAUUGUGAUAUGUUCAUAUAUCCAAUUACUCGUUCGUUUCAUCGACCCGAAAAAGAAUAUGAACUUGGAUUAAAUCGUGCCACCGCAAGAUCAAAAACAAGACCCGAUCUUUCGUGUUUAGUGAAUGGUGUGGCAAUCUUAAACUCAGAGUUUAAGCCAUUGGGUUUCACACCAUUACAAGGAAAAAAGGAUAGGUUGAAAGCUCAAUUGAAAGGGAGAAAAUCAAUAAACCAACAAUUAGAAAGAAAGGGAGGUCCAGGCGAAAGUGCUAUAUUUUUAAACCUCGGUGAUUCGAUGGAAUCCUUUAUUAUGGAUCUAAAAUUUGACGGUUUAUACCGUUCCUGGCUGUUUCUCAAAACAAAGGUGGUAGUCGACAAAUCUGCAAUUCCGUUAGCAGAAUUCGCGAUAAGUCAUUUCGUUGCUUUGGAGAAUUUCAAAUAUCGAAGUGAUCAAUUUACACCACCUACACAAAUGUCUUAUAUUCGCAAACUUCCAGAUACGCCACAAGAAAAAGAUACUGCACAUGAUGGGUUUGAUUUUUCAGAUGUUCCAAGCUAUGCAGAUGCAAAACUUAUUCAAGAAGAAGAAAGUUUAAGCAAAUUAGAAACAGUCUAUCAACAUUAUCUUAUGAAGAAGCUGGAUAUUUUUGUUUCCAAAUACCCAAGCAUGCAACUGAAACAUGUAGAUACUCACCAGAAACCUAUUCUUAAGGGACAAAAACCAGAUAUUAUCUUCUAUUUGCAAGAUCGAGCCAUCUCAAAUAUCAAUAUUGUUUCUGUUUUAGAGAUCAAAGUCACUGAAAAAGAGGAUGAAUGGGUGAAAGCCACAUCUCUUGCAGAAUCACAAGGAGGCAACAGGGAUUUGACAACUUGUCAUCAUAUUCAAUUCAUUAAAGCUGUAUUGACUGAAAAUAAUGAUACCUAUUUCUAUAUAACUGGUAUCCUUCCAUUUAGAAAAGUUGGAUCCCAUUAUCUUGCACACUUUUGUUUAUCAACAUCAGAACUUCUUGGAUUUUCACUUCCAACAAUUAAAUAUCAAGAAAAAAUAUUUGAGGCGACAGAGAUACUUGGAACUGGCGCAACAAGUACUGCUUACUUACUUGGAAAUGAUUAUGUCUUAAAGGGAGGUGGUGUGAUUAAUAUUCCUUGUUAUGUUGGAUGUGGAAAAACAUCAAAGACAAGUGCCAACUUUAUCUUAAUGAGUGGAGUUGG